UAUAGUACAAAUUCAAGGAAAAAUGAGGUAUGAGCUUAUCAACGAAUUCGACGUGAACGCAUCAGCAGACGAUGUAUGGGAAGUUUAUAGCUCUCCGAAUCUUCCUAAACUAAUUGUCGAUUUACUUCCAGGUAUGUUUGAGAGGAUAGAUUAUGUGGAAGGAAAUGGUGGUUUAGGUACUGUUCUUCGCCUUGUAUAUCCUCCAGGAACUGUUCCGCGAACUUACAAGGAGAAGUUUGUGACGAUAGAUAAGAGCAGACGUUUGAAAGAAGUGCAACAGAUGGAAGGAGGAUACUUAGACAUGGGAGUAUCAUUCUACAUGGAUAGUUUCGAGAUCAUUGAGCAAGUCGGUUGUAAUUCAUGCACAAUCAAAUCGACUACCAAAUAUGAAAUCAACGACGAUGAACUUGCUAAGAAAGUUUCCCCUCUUAUCAGUGUUGAUUCACUUGUUAAUAUGGCUAGAGGCAUCUCCAAAUAUGUUCUUAAGAAACAGAACAGUCGUUCUAGCCAUAAACAUGACCCUAAGAAAAAAGUGCAUGAACAUGGGCAUCCCAGUGCCGAUGAGGACAAACAUGUACAUGGGCGUGACCGUUCAUUCCAUCGUUAAAACGAUUUUAUCAUUCGUAUAUCAGGUGAUUUGAACCUGCAGCAUGAGGGCAUUAUGGCUCCAAUCUAAACCUUUGAUUAUUGCAAGGUUAUAUAUGUUGUGCAUACACACACUAUCUGCGCUUGUAUUGUAUUAUGUAUGUAUGAAGUAAUAAUAAUAAAUAAUAAAAUGAAUGAAUGUCAGUUUGUUUU